GGUUUUAGAGGAUCUUAAGAUUUUAGGUGAGGGAGUUUGAUUUUAGCUAAGCAAUUAGGGUUUCAGAAGAGAAUUUGUGGAUUUUGGUGGGAGAAAAAUGUUGAGGAGAAACGUGAGGUUAAGGAGAGAGUAUCUGUACCGUAAGAGCUUGGAAGGGAAGGAGCGAUUGCUCUAUGAGAAGAAGCGCAAAAUUCGCGAAGCUUUAGAAGAGGGAAAACCGAUUCCUACUGAGCUCAGGAACGAGGAGGCCGCCCUCCGACAACAAAUCGACCUCGAAGAUGAACAAACUGCUGUUCCCCGAUCAAGCAUUGAUGAUGAAUAUGCAAAUGCAACUGUCAGUGAUCCUAAAAUUUUGCUUAUCACUUCACGUGAUCCGAGUGCUCCCCUUGCGCAGUUUGUAAAGGAAUUGAAGUUUGUUUUUCCAAAUGCACAGCGAAUGAAUCGUGGUGGUCAGGUUAUCUCGGAAAUCAUUGAAACAUGCCGGUCACAUGAUUUUACCGAUGUGAUAUCAGUACAUGAAACCCGCGGUGUGCCAGAUGGCAUAGUCAUAAGCCAUCUACCUUUUGGCCCCACUGCAUACUUCCGAUUACACAAUGUGGUUACGAGACAUGAUAUCAAGGACAAGAAAGCUAUCGGAACUAUGUCUGAGGCCUACCCACAUUUGAUAAUUAAUAACUUUAACUCUAAGCUUGGUGAGAGGACUGCGAACAUUUUAAAGCAUCUUUUUCCAGUCCCCAAACCAGACUCGAAACGCGUCAUGACUUUUGCUCGUGAGCCUCAGUCCGAUUGGAUUUCAUUCAGGCAUCAUGUCUAUGAGAAACGCGGAGGUCCAAAAUCAGUUGAUCUGAAAGAAGUUGGUCCUCGUUUUGAAAUGUUUCUCUUCAAGAUAAAACUGGGAACGAUGGAUCAAGAAGAAGCUCCGAUAGAAUGGGUCCACCGGCCUUACAUGAACACUUCCAAAAAACGCAAGUUUCUUGGCGAUUGAUCAGAGGUAUUGAGGUCUCUUCCAUUACAUGAAACCAGUUGAAAUCUGCGAUGUUGUCGUUAUUGUUGAGGCACCAGUAGCUCUCAAUGCCCGAGUUGAGAUUUGAGUCUGUGACCUCUGCAGUUUGCUUUGGAACUGCACCAUCAUGGUCACGGCCUGCCUCUUCCUCCCCCGUUGGCUCAUCAUGAAGCAGCUUCCAUAGCACGUUCACAUCGAACUCUGCCACUUCUAUCUCUUCAAACUCAUCUUUGGAUGUGACUGGUGAUAGAGGUGAAGGUGAAGGUGAAGGUGAAGGUGAAGGUGAAGGUGAAGGUGAAGGUGAAGGUGAAGGUGAAGGUAAAGGAUCCAUCUUUUUUGAUAUAACAAGAUUUUCUUGUAAAGGGAUUGUGCUUGGGAGAGAGAAUUGAAGUGUAAGAGCAAAAGAAUGCUUUAUAUAUAGAGAGAAAGGCAAUGUGUUGAUGGAUAAGAUAUGAUACUACUAUCGUUUAUCAAAUUAUAUGAACUUUUUAUAUGAUU